AUGUCUACCCGUGUGACGCCAAAUCCCGGGAGAUACUUCCCCCAAGUUCCUCUGCGAGUGUACCAGGCCUUGUUUAUCUCUGUCCAAGUAGCUACUUCGUCUUCUGGGUACUGCACAGGCACUGGUAAAAUGGAGCAGCAGGAACUUUCACCCCAGCACAGUAAAACAAUGGCGGAUCCAUUGUCUGUACACAAUGGCUCCAGCUCCUUUUUUAACGCUUCUAUUCGAGUCUUGUGUCUCAUCUUGCGGUCCAUUUGUCUCUUUCCCCGCGUAUUGGGAAUGGGUAAAGUUAGUAUAAAGGAGCUGGUUCUGUCUUCUUCCUCAUUUCCUCAGCACGAGGUUGAGUAA